AUGGCAAGCCGGAAGAAAAGUGUUCGUCUACCCAAGCGCACAGGUUUGCGGUCUCAGAGCCAUGUGCAACCGCCAGGGGGCGCUGGAGCAGCAUGGGAAACUGAGGAUGAGGAAGAGAAACCGGAAGUCAAACCCGUGCACUUCUCGGAGCCUGGACAGGAUAUGGUGAUGUUAAUGAGGGAGUUUCUGGCUGGACAGCAACGCCGGGAAGAAGGGUUGCUGGUAGAACUCCGGAGGCUGGGGAAUGCUCAGUCUAUUCCUCCGUCUUCUCCACCGCCACUGUCCAGAGAUCGGCCGGUUCCACACUUACCCAUUUCACGCUCCCAGUCUCAGGCUUCAUUGUCACUGUCCGACAGGCAUACCAACCCCUGCUGGCCAGCGGACGCAGUACGCGGGGAUUCAUCUGGGAGCGGCAAGGCGGUGGAGGCGUACUCGGCCAUGGACGAGGAAAGAGCCCACUGCUACGGGGACUUAAAGGAGGCCCUGUUGGCGAAAUUUGAUAUUUCACCCGAGACCUACUGCCAGCAGUUUUUUUCUUCCACUCAGCCAUCUGGAGAGAGCCCCACGGAGACCUAUCAUCGUCUCAGAGGUCUCUAUUGUCGCUGGAUACGGCCCGAGGAGCGGACCAAGAAGGAGGUCGGCGAGGCAAUCAUCAUGGAGCAGCUGCUGCGGGUUUUCCCCUUCGAGGUCCGGACCUGGGUGAAGGAACGCGAGCCCGGCGAUGGACUCACCGCUGCAAAGUUGGCCGUGCAGUACCUCAACGCGCUCAAAGGAGGACCUGCCCGGACCGGCACUACAGCUCAGCGCAGGCCAGCUCAGCCGCUUCUCCCCAGACCACCCCGGCAGGACAGCUACCCAGAUCGGCAAGGUACCACCAGCUCUGCCCCAAACCAACGAGGACCUGGAUGGUACAGGAGGUUUGUGCCACAAUUCGCAACCAUCGCUGCUCCCCUCACCGCACUCACGGCCAAGAACCAGCGAAAUCCGGUUGUCUGGACCGAGCCCUGUGAGAAGGCUUUUACCACCCUUAAAGCUCACCUGUGUUCGUCUCCUGUGCUGAAGAGUCCAGACUUUAACAUGCGCUUUCUUGUCCAAGUGGAUGCCUCCACUGUGGGCCUUUAG